UCCAUUUUUUUAAAUUGCCUCUUGUAGACCAUUCAGACAUGCCUGAGCAAUGUAAUUGGCAUCUUGCAGUGACACUAGACACAGUAAACAUGCAAGUACGUAGGUUCUUGCUCGUUCAGUGCGUUCUCAUUAUGAAGGAUGUAGUUUCAAGUCAAGUCUCAAAGUACUCGGCUUCAGCAGAGAACGACAAUGUCAAGCUGACAUUUGUAGUACCAGCGAACGUUGAAAGCGAAAUAAUUAUGAUCACAUUUCAUGCAGAUCCAGUACAACAUGUACUCGUUAUCUACAGAAGUGACUUUAGGUCUAAGACGUUUCAGACGUACAUACACAGGCUAACUACCGCCAUCUUCGUCUUGGAACGAAAAGUUGUGGCCUUAUUGACAGGUGUCCAGGCAAGUGAUGCAGGCUUGUACCAGUGUUGGGAUGGUGUUGGGGUUAGUGCAUCUGAAUUAACUCAAUGUGGUCAGAAACUCAUCGUUGUACGUAAACCCGGACAACCAAGUAUCGUCGCCAUCACGGAUGCUCUAGAUGGUCAAACUUUAAAACUAUCUUGUAACACCAUUUCUACAAGUUUGCCAGCAGACCAUGGACUUCCAAUGAGCAUAUUUUGGCACGAUGAACAGAAAAAUCCUCUAGGUAUACCUGCUGGAGAGAAGUACGUAGUGAAUGCCGAGGGUCAACUUGAGAUACACAAAUUAGAAUCUUCUGACAUGGGACGUCAAGUGACAUGUACAUCAUCAGACAGAGCUGAGGGCGUAGCUACUCCACCAGUCUCUGAUCCUAGUCCACCCUAUGAAAUUCUUACCGAAAGUGCUCCAGGCUUAGCCAAGAUAUCUGGACUGACGCUGGAACACGAAUACUUCAGAGAUUUCUCUCUUACGGACACUUUGAAAUUUGCAUUUGUCAUCAUUUCUUUGUCUGAGCCUUCAGUCGUGGAAAUCAAGUCAAGGAAAAUGACAGGACAAAUAAGUUAUGAGGACUUGACGACUGAUGUCUCCAUAACAAAGUCAACGAAUUACGAGGGGAAAAUUUACCUGACCAAGUUUACCUUCACUCUCCUUCGAGCCAUGUACGAAAAUGACAAAAACAGAACUUUCACUCUAACAAUUAGUAAUCGAAAGUUUUCCAGAGAUUUCAUGUUUAUCUUAAGGGAUGUAGGCCCACCAAGUCCAGUGACAAAUAUUUCAGCAUUGGACAUUAGACACGACACAGUAGUACUUAUAUGGACGCCGGGGUCUCAAGGAGGGGUCAAACAGUUCUUCGACGUGGAGUACAGAUGUCCAGACCAUACACAAUGCAACUCGACUUGGACAACAGCUGUUCGGCGUGUUCCAGAGAGUGACACCAUCGACACAAGAACAAAGGCCACCGUUGAAAACCUGUCUCCUGAAACAGAGUACGAUUUCAGAAUCGUAUCCACCAAUACACACGGUUCCACAACAUCUGAGCCAUUCCACGUGAAGACAAUAAAGAUGACUGCUACGCUACCAGAACCAGAAACAGAAACGAACAAUGGAGUCAUUAUAGGAAUAACCGCAGUGUUUCUAGCCAUCGUAUUUAUUGCAGCCCUCCUCUAUGGGGUUGCAACCUCGACUAUCUUCAACCUGUCCAAAGAAAAUCAGACAAUCAAAUCGACCUCCUUUGAAACAGCUGAAGAAGACGGAGCUUCAUCUGAGAGUGAUAGCACAGAUAGUGGAUCCUCCUCAAAUGUGUGAUUCUACCUCCAUUCGGCACUCAUCAAAUAAAGUUUCGAAACAACAUUAAAAUUGUGGAUCUA